AUAUUUACCUAGCACAAGUCCAAGAAGUUUUGGAAUGAAAUCUCAAUCACGGAUACCUAGCACACACCACGAAAAACACGGACGGGAUAUUUAAUUUUCCUCUUCCGUGACAUUUUCUGAUUUUCCCCAACUCUCCUUUUUGGUAAACUGCUUUUUCUAAUUUUCAUGACGAAAAUUUCUGAUCUAUACAGAUUUUGACGGCCGGGGUCUUUAGGGCCGAAUCCAGGGCGUAGCGAAGGGCAUCGCUUAUGCGAUAGUAGGAGAAUUUGGUAACAUAGACAUAAACCCUAGCUGCGGAAAUACGAAAAUCUAAAAUCUUGAAGUAAGGGGAUCUUUUUCUCCACAAGUCAGAUUGCGGGUAAAAUUCCCUUAUGAUCCUCGGGUUUGGCAGGGUUUCAGCUUCAGAAGCAGGGUCGGGAUUUAAUAAUAAAGACGAGUGAUUCUUGGGAUUUUCCCACUCAUCUUAUAUAACAUAUUUUUCGAUUUGCAUAUUUGCUUGCGUGAAAACUUUUAGGACAUUUGACCAUUUAGCGAGCGAUAGAAGAAUUAGGGCAAUGGAGGUCAAACUUCGGGACGAUGCAGGAUUAGCAGCAUUUGAAAUGGACGAUAUGCCCGACGGUAGUGGUAGUUGCAUUGCCAUUGAAGACAAUAAAGCUAGUAACGAGGAAGAGGAUUGUAAUGAGCAGUUGGAAGAAGGGGUGAUUGACGUGUCUGGGAAGGAAUGGAUAUUCCCUCUACUGGAGGAGGUGGAGGCGGAGAAAGCAGAAAGAGUGAGGGGCCUGUAUGUGUACAAUAAUGUGUUUGGGGUGAUCCCUGAAUCUGUGAGACGGUUGAAGAGGCUGAAGACGCUCAAGCUGUUUUCUAAUGAGGUGAAAUUACUCCCCUGGGAGGUGGGGGAUUUGGUAGAGCUGGAGCAGUUGCACGUGAAAGUCUGUGAGUCUUCCGGGCUGGGCAGCUUGCCUCCCUUCAGAAAUCUUAAAGCUCUCAAAGAGCUCGAGUUGUGUAAAAUGCCACCACGCCCUUCAGCUUUUUCUCUCUCCACUGAGAUUUCUUACCUCAAAUCGCUCACACGCCUUUCAGUCUGUCACUUUGCCAUUUCAUUUCUGCCAUCCGAGAUUGGUUCACUUAAGAAACUGGAGGAACUUGAUUUGUCAUUCAAUAAACUGAAGACUUUACCCAACAAUAUUGCUGACUUGAUAGCCUUGAAAUCCUUGAAAGUUGCAAGCAAUAAACUGGUAGAGUUGCCACUUGGUAUAUCAAGUUUAUCAAGCUUGACAACUGUUGAUGUGUCAAAUAAUAGAUUGACAUCUUUGCAAUCCUUGGAGUUGUAUUCCAUGAGGGCUCUCAGGAAACUUAAUUUACAGCAUAAUAAACUGCGGGAUACUUGUCAAAUUCCUACAUGGAUAAGCUGCAAUUUGGAAGGAAAUGUUGCAUUAGGGAAGGAUAUUGCCGAAUGUGAUCCUAUUUCUUCUUCCAGCGAAGAAGAGGUAUCUGAUUCCAAUAUAUGUAAGGAAAAUUUAAGUCAUUCAUUCGAAGGACAAUCUGAAACUUCAUUGCCAAGCUCAUCUUAUGAACUUGUUCCAAGCAUUAGAUGUUCCCAGCCAUCCAGACGUAAAACUGGAUGGAAACGCCGUUAUACUCGACAAGAGAAAGCUCGCCAAGAAAGACUGAACAACAGUAGGAAGUUUCGGGCUGAAGAUUAUCAAGAAAGGGAUAAUGGUGGGAUUGUGAUGGAGUCUCUUUCUGUCUCGAUGCCAUUGUCAAAUUGUGCACCAUAUCUGCCACAGCAGAUUCUUGAGGCACCAAUCAGUGAAACCGAAUUGACUUCCCUUUUACAGGAUGUGUCAAGGAUAGACAAAGAUUCAGUAGACAGAGAAUGCAGUAAUGGCAGAAAAAUUGAUUCAAUAAGUUCAGUGCAAAAAACAGAAGUGAAGGUGUCCCCAGAAAAUAGUAGUGAUGCUGAAAAUUUGUGCUGUACCAGCUCUGUUGUUACUGCUUCCAGCAUCACUAUUAGCAAUAACAGAUCUAAAGUGGAAUUGAGUAAAACACCUCUUCAUGUUCCAAAGGAAGCUGGUCAACUAGAUAGUUACUCCGAGUCUAAUAAUGAUGCAUGUACCAAAACUGGUAGGCGUCAUGGUGUUUGCAUAAAAAAUCCUAAGCCCAGCAAGCGGAUAAGAUCUGUACAGGAAUUCUAUAGGGUAUCUCAAAAGUAUAGCAAUGAAUCCUUCUGUGGUGUUAAUGACAUUUUACCUGAUGGGUUCUAUGAUGCUGGUCGAGAUCGACCAUUUAAACCAUUGAGAAACUUUGAAAAGGAGAAUGUUUGUCUAGGCACUCGUGAGGUUAUAUUGGUUGAUAGAGAAAGAGAUGAAGAAUUGGAUGCAAUUGUACUGUCUGCCCAGCAAGUCAUAUCUGGGUGGAAAAGAUUUGGAGAGGGGAGUGAUGAAUACAAAUCAAGAAUUAAUGACUAUCAGAGAGCAUCAUUACUUGUUCUAUUUGUGUCAAAUUGCUUUGGUGGAAGUGACAAAUCUAUGAAUAUAUCAACUAUGCGAAGAGCUGUAGCUGGGGCCAAUGUUGAGAUGCCUUUUGUCUGUUCCUGUUCUCUUGAUAGCAAUUCAAAUUUGAUAAGACUUCCUGAUCAAGCAUUUAGAAAUGACACUGUUCCCCGUAUUGAGUUCCUUUGUGAACAAUCUGUUAGGACCAUUAAAGAACAGCGCAACUCCAAUGUUGUUCCCAUAGGAGCAAUUCAGUAUGGUGUGUGUCGCCAUAGAGCCAUCCUUAUGAAGUAUCUGUGUGAUAGGGCAGAUCCUCCAAUUCCUUGUGAGCUUGUAAGGGGCUAUAUGGACUACAUGCCACAUGCAUGGAAUGCUAUUAUUAUCAAUAAAGAUGGCAAAUGGGUGCGGUUGAUAGUAGAUGCUUGUCGCCCUUUUGACAUAAGAGAUGAGGAGGACCCUGAAUACUUUUGUAGGUACAUCCCCCUAAAUAGAUUUCUGUUUCCAAUUCCAAAUGAUAAGGAUUCAUUAGUUUCAAGAAAUUCUGGUGUUUGGCCAUGCUUGCAUGAAGAAAUUGCUCGUGGCGCCUCAGGAUGUGCUGUUCGACGCUGUACCAUAGGUCAAUUAACAGCAGCUGCAAAGGUACGCUGUUUAGAAGUAUCUAGAGCUUCUAAAGAGCAGCAAAACAACUUUGAAUACAGUUGUCUUGGGGAAGUUCGUAUACUAGGUGCAUUAAAGAAUCACCCAUGUAUCAUUGAACUAUAUGGGCACCAACUUUCCUCUAGUUGGGUUUCUUUAUCAGAUGGAAUGGGAGAAUCUCAAGUUGUGCAGUCUUUAAUAGCAAUGGAGUAUGUUAAAGGUGGCUCUCUUGAGGUUUUACUUGGGAAACUAGCACAAGAAGGGAAAAAGUGUACCCCAUCAAAAUUGGCUAUAUUUAUUGCUAGAGAUGUUGCAUGUGCAUUGUCAGAACUUCAUUCUAAAAAAAUAAUUCAUCGGGAUGUCAAAAGCAAAAAUGUUCUCAUUGAUUUAGAAGUUAAAAGAGCGGAUGAAAGUCCACUAGUCAAGCUUUGUGAUUUUGAUAUGGCAGUUCCUCUUCACUCAUCAUCCCAUACAUGCUGCCUUGCUCAUCAUGGUGUUCCUCCUGCUGAAUUUUGUGUUGGAACUCCACGCUGGAUGGCGCCAGAGAUGGUUCAAGCAAUGCAUAGACCACAACGAUAUGGUGUGGAAGUUGAUAUUUGGUCUUUUGGAUGUCUCAUCUUUGAGUUGUUGACAUUACAAAUCCCCUAUGCAGGAUUAUCAGAUGUUGAGAUUCAUCACCGUUUACAGAUGGAACAACGGCCCCAGUGUACCUCAGAGCUUGAGAAAUAUUUAUUUGAUUCAAAGGAUAAGGUUCCAGAUAGAAUAAAGAACAUAUUUCCUGAAGAAAAUGCAGAAGUGAUUAACCUUCUGGCUGAUUUGUUCUACUCAUGCACUGAAUCUGAUCCAGCUUUACGUCCUACAGCAAAGCAAGCGUAUGAGAUUCUUUCUGCUGUUGCAGGUCCUACUCCAAUGACAAGUCCCAACUAAGAGCAUUUUCUGUUUUUCAGAAGUUGCACUGAAUCUGAUUCAUCCUGAUUCCUAACAGGAAAACAAGCUUGAGAGAUUCUUUCUGCAUUUUCAGGUCCUACUCCAAAGAGCAAUAUUUCAGUUUGCGCGAGUUGUGCUGAAUCUGGUCCAUCUUGACACCAAACUGUAGAAUAGGCAUAUAAAUUCUUUUUCUGAUCUCAAAUCCUACGUAAAUGCCAAAGUUCUAACCAAGGGCAAUUUUUUUCGGCUUCGUAAGUUUGGGUCAAAACAAAUUGUCUGCUGAGCAAAACUCUUGAGCAGCUGGUCGUGAGAGCUAAUUUAAUUUUAAUAACCUGGCUCUUAAUCUGUUGUAAAUUUUAAUUUAAAAUUUCCUAUUAUCUCACAGUUGUCAAAAACAUUGAUGUAUUCAAUUAAAAUACCCAACAAGAUGCUCCCAGAGACGACGGAAGAUGUUUAAUGGAAAUUUUGCAAAUGAACCAAUGGUAGAAUGGCACAAAGUUCAAUUUUAAUGACAAUUACAGAUGAAAAUUGUCAAGAGUAUGGUCUGUGAGUAUAUUGUCUGAAGACGCUACCAAUCAGCAAAGCUGAACUGGUCAAUAAAUAAAUGUCAUCUUCUCUUGCUAUUAAGAA